AAUUGACGUUCUUUUGCAAAGAUAAGGACAGAAACUCAGUGGUUCAUAUAAAAAUUGUUUGCAUCUAUUACAUUUACAUUGACCUUUACGUUUUAGUUUCUUUAUUGAAUUAUGUUGAAAAGAAAGUAGGUCUAGAAAGAGCGCUUAGACAGAUUCCAGUUUCCUAGAAAUAGAAAAAUCCCAAAAUAUGGACGGUCUAGAUCUGCAUGCGCCGGUGGACUCUAACAAGAGUUAUGCCGAAUUAACCUAUGAAGAAAAAAUGAGAUAUGAUCACCAGAAGAUGCAUGCUAUGCAUGAAGGGCAUGAGUCCAUGCAUGUCACCAUGGUCGGAAUCUUGAUGAUAGUUCUAGUGAUAGCUCAGAUUGUAUUUGUGCAAUGGAAGAAGUAUCACUACAGAUCUUAUUCAUUCUUCACCAUGGUAACAAUGUGGGUGUUACCACUGAUCAUGAGCCUCAAGAAUGUCUGGAUAAGAUUUGUGUCAAUAUGGCUGAUGUUUACUGCAGUAACCGCAUUCAUUUUACGGCAAUCUACCAGGAAGCCCAUGUCUCCUAGUACACCUAGGUUGGUGUACAAAUGGUUCUACCUCAUAUACAAGGUGUGCUGUGUGAUAGGCCUGUUCGGCUACACCCUCAUGAUCCUAACGCUGUUUAAUCUGAACAGCCUGUUUGGUGUGAAGGCCCACCGAUGGAUGGACACGGCCCUGCUGGCGCUGUUCUAUGGGCUGUACUUUGGGGUGCUCGGCCGGGAUGUGUCGGAGUACUGCUCGGAGAGGAUGGCUGCUUCUAUAGGGUAUUACACAAAGGAAGGCAUUCCAACUCGACUGCUGGAACGGAAUGUGUGCGCCGUGUGCGGGAACCGGCUUCUAGUCAGCGUUGAUGAGGAGGGGGUUUUAGAGAAUACAUACAAGCUGACGUGCGGCCACGUGUUCCACGAGUUCUGCAUACGCGGCUGGUGCAUUGUCGGCAAGAAGCAGACCUGCCCCUACUGCAAGGAGAAGGUGGAUCUCAAGAGGAUGUUCACCAACCCCUGGGACCGUCCCCACAUCCUGUACGGUCAGAUGCUGGACUGGAUUCGCUGGAUCAUCGCCUGGCAACCGCUUGUCAUGUUCCUGGUGCAGGGAAUAAACUGGCUCCUGGGCCUGGAGUAGACCAUAAGUUGUCAGGCUGGACAAGUGGGGCUUGAUAAUAAUCAACCUUAUGCCAUUGUAAUAAAGCACAAUUCAAUUCAGUUUUCGCGUAGACGAACCCUUCUAUAAAAAGCUUCAAAUUUUAAGCAAAGAUGAGUAUUUUAUUACAAUGGUAGCAAAGUGAAACAACAAAUCAUUGUAAUGUUUUAGUCAAGAUGAUUUUAAAAUACACUAGUAGAAUGUUGAUUAGCAAAAUCAACCUUAUACCAUGGCAAUAUAGCUCAAAACUCUAUCGACGCCUAUCGGUUAAAUGUUUUUCCAUUAAUAUUGUAUACAAAAUCAGAGUUUUGUAUGGUCUGCUCUUAAGGCCUUCAAUGCAAAUUGUAAAAUAAUGAUUUUUCUCGAGAUUACGUACUAUGCAAAAUUGUAUAAGAUUACUUUGACUAGAUAGGAAACAAUCUCGACAGAUAUUCAUAUCAGUUUUUUUCAAUUAGACGAUAAUCUGUCCGAAUACGAAUUUUCAUCUAAAUCUAAUACAUAUUUUUUGGGAAUACCUUCACGUUCAUAGAAAAUUAUGAAUUUAUGUUGUAUUAAAUUAAUUAAUCGGUGUGAAAUAUAAAUGUUUAAGUGUAAAAAGCAACCAUAAUUGCUUGUAAGUGUAUGUGUAAUCAAAUUAUAAGUGAAUAUAACGUUGACGUGACCUCGAUUUUAUGAAAUUGUUGAUUUUCCAGAUUUUGUUGGUUCUUAAUAUUUUUUAAUUAAUUUAUUUGUUAUUUUAAGUAGAUAAUUUCUUUUUUUCAAUAUUUUUUGUAGAUUUUUUUUUUUAGAUCUUGUAAAUACCGUCUAGAUAUUUUAUGCCCUUAUCUUUAUUUAUAAUAUAAAUUAUCAAAAUAGUGAUAUAAGUACAUUAUUAUUAAUUUUAAAUAAAAUGUAUAAAUUAUAUGUGAAAAUAUAAUAACGUAACAUAUUAAAAAUAUGUUCCUAUUUUUUUAAUAGUCCAUUUCACAUUUCAAGUAUAAUAUUUCUUGUGGACAAAAUUGAGAAAAUUCUAAAGACUGAUCUAAAAUCAUGCCUUUUCGUUCUAACUUAUCUGUAACUUGUGCUAGAACGAGAUGGGUAGUCUUUUAUUAGAAAAAAUCUCUAAAUUAUUAAUUAACAGCCUUGUUUAACUGUGGAUGCAAAAAGUUAUUGACAAUGUGAAAUUAUUGAAAUUGAAAACGUGGCAUUAUAUAAAAUAUGUUGUAUUUUAAUAAUUUUGUUAUGGUUAUAAUAAUGUGAACGAGACGUUUAUUUUCUACAUUUCAGUAACAUUUUUUUACGGUUUGUAAUUUUUUGCAUCUAAAGUUAAUUUAUAUAAAUACAAUGUAUAUUUGUACAUUUGUAUAAAUGUUUAUUGUAAAUAUAUUUAUUUAAACUCGUGUAUUGUAAACGUAUUUUAGGCGUAUUAUUAAUUUUCACGAGGGCCACUAAUAGUUUUCAUAGUUGGUAAUAGAUGGCGCUGUAUUGUAUUAAGACUAUUCCAAUGUAAUGUAUUUUGCAAAUAAUUUAUAUUAAAUUUAGUAGUUUAGGCUAAUAAGAUUUUUUGGCCUCGUAUUUUUUUAAUAACAUAACUAGCAGUAGGUUAUUGGUAUAAGUAAAAUGAGGAGAGUAUUGUUAUGAGAAAAAAAUACUUAUUUCAAGAAUAUGUUUCUUAAAAUAUGUUAUUACUGCUAAUCAUCGUCAUCAUCAGGGAGGAUAGAAAUGCCUUCCAUUAGGUUGCCACUAGCCGAAGCCGAAUCGAGUCAUCGUCGCUGUCGCUGUGGUCAUCAGAACAAAUGACAAACGUCUGUGACCAUAUCUACCACAUGAUCUUUUUGACAUAUUCGUCUUCAAUUUCUUUUACAUUUUUACAGACAUUUGCUUUUGAUUUUCUUUGAACUUUCUUUUUCACCAGCUCUUUCACCUUUUCAAAAACAAUAAAAUUUGCACGAAACCACUGCACUCAGAUGUAAUCUUUAGACAGCGGAACGUUAACGAGGUGCGGGAGGCAAGUAUCAACUGACAAACCAAUCAUAGCGCGCCCCGCCUCUUCGUCCCGCACCACCAAAGAGAACUAGUUUUUGUAACUGCGUUCAAGGUCGUUUGUCCAAGAAGUUUGCCGGGUACUGUCAUGGGCUAAUGUGAAAUGAGCAAUACAAGCUUUCUUCUUUUUAUGUAUGUUUUCUCGUUUGGUAAAUUUGGGUUUUUAUAUUUAAUCAUCGCGUAAAGACGACAUUUUUUAACCUCGAGAGGGGUAAGAAAUGUCGUCUUAACGCUUUAAUGUUGAUUUAUUUCGGCUGGCUCCUAUCUCUUUCAUUUUUCUUGAAUAUGAGUUAGGAAAUGGACAAUCAUGUAAGUUACUUCUGGAAUUUAUAUAUUCAUGGUUCAAUAAAUUAUAAAAAUACACUAGCAUUGGAAUAGUCUUUAUUUUUAACAUCUGUUUUCUAGAAAUUUACAAUUGCGCCACAAACUCGCAUUUAUAAGUACUUGAAAUAGUUGUCUACUCUGUCUGUGAAGAUAUCUUGUGUAGUAGAUGUAAGGAUACAGUCUACAGUAUUGUAAAUAUAUUGUCUAAUGUAAGCACUUCAAUCAAUUUGUGAAUAAAUGGCGAUUUUAAA